UCUUGCUCGUGAACCCUCUUUCUGCUAACAACAAAAAAUCCACAAGAAACCAAAACCUUCUCUUCUCUUCUUCCCUUUCCUCUCUCUCUCUCUCUCUCUCUCCCCUCUCUGUAAACUUACAGCUCUUGCAUUGCUGCUUAAUGCCAAGAACAAUGAAUUGAGGAAAAAAAAAAGCAGAGAAAGUAGUUGAAGAAGAAGAACCUCUCAUUAUUAUUACAUUACAGCGAGUUGAGCUUCAGAAGUAUCUGUAUUGGAUCGCGCAGACGAAGGAAUUUCAAGGCUUUGUUCCUCGAAAUGAAGAAGAGGGGUUGUGAGAUCGAAGCCAAAGGGAUCAACUACAAGAUCGGUAACCCAAGCCGGGGUGGCCACCACAUUGGGAAGCUCUUUGGGAGAGGGGAUGCGAAAGAAGCCGGAGACGCGGAGUCGGGCGGGAAUAUUGGCAAAGUGCGUGAUGUGCUCAAGGAUGUGAACUGCCAGGCGAAGCCGUGGGAGAUCCUCGCGGUGGUAGGCCCCAGCGGGGCCGGGAAGUCCUCGCUGCUUGAGAUCCUAGCCAGGAUGGUGAGGCCAAGCAGUGGCUCAAUUUUUGUGAACGGAAAGCCGAUGGACAAGUCCCACUUCAGGAAGAUCACCGGGUAUGUUACUCAGAAAGACACCCUCUUCCCUCUCCUCACUGUGGAAGAGACAUUAAUGUUCAGUGCCAAGUUAAGGCUGAGGCUCCCGGCAACAAAACUUGCCUUGCGAGUCAAGUCACUGAUCGAGGAGCUUGGGUUGAGCCAUGUGUGCGGGACGCGUGUAGGCAAUGACUGCAGCAUCCGUGGGGUGUCAGGCGGCGAGAGGAGACGUGUCUCAAUUGGAGUAGAUGUUGUUCACGACCCGAGGGUCCUGAUCCUCGAUGAACCGACCUCUGGACUAGACAGCAACUCGGCCCUUCAGAUCAUUGGCAUGCUCAAGGAGAUGGCUGAGACUAAGGGAAGGACUGUCAUUUUGAGCAUCCACCAGCCCGGAUUUCGGAUUGUGAAACUGUUCAAUUCUGUCCUGCUGAUGGCCCACGGAGAGGCCCUCCAUCAAGGCUCAACUGACCAGCUCACACUUCACCUACGGUCAGUUGGGCUGCAGAUCCCGCCCCACAUAAACGUUGUGGAAUUCGCAAUUGAAUCGAUCGAGACCAUCAAGCAGCAGCAGCUGUCCCACUCCUCAGAACGAGCUCGGCUCGAGGUGGUCCCACGGGUAACCUCAAAGCAAGAGGGGGAGAGCGGGAGCGGGAAAUUCACCCUCCAACAGCUGUUCCAGCAGUCGAAGGUGGUCGAUGAGGGCACGAUUGAAGUUGGGGCAGAUCACGAUCAGACUUGUGGUUUUGCCAACUCAAGGCUGAAAGAGACACUGAUACUGACACACAGGUUUUCAAAGAACAUAUUCCGGACCAAGGAGUUGUUCGCAUAUCGAACGGUCCAGAUACUUGCAUCAGGGCUCAUGCUGGGUUCAAUCUUCCACGGGUUGAAGGAGAACCUCAUCGGUGCUCAAGAGAGGGUCGGCCUGUUUGCUUUCAUCCUGACGUUCCUCCUCACCAGCUCGAUCGAGGCCCUCCCGAUCUUCUUGCAGGAGAGGGAGAUCCUAAUGAAGGAGACAUCCAGUGGCAGCUACCGAGUCUCCUCUUAUGCAAUUGCAAAUGGGCUCGUCUACUUGCCGUUUCUGCUCAUCCUUGCGGUUCUCUUCACUGUCCCAUUGUAUUGGCUUGUAGGCUUAAACCACAACCUCAUGGCCUUCCUGCACUUCCUGCUCUUCGUCUGGCUUAUCCUCUACACUGCAAACUCCGUGGUCGUCUGCUUCAGUGCCCUCGUCCCAAACUUCAUAGUCGGGAACUCAGUGAUCUCAGGAGUAAUGGGCUCGUUCUUCCUCUUCUCUGGCUACUUCAUAACGAAGCAGGAGAUCCCAAAGUACUGGAUCUUCAUGCACUACAUCUCCCUGUUCAAGUACCCCUUCGAGGGGUUCCUCAUAAACGAGUUCUCAAGGUCAGGGAAAUGCCUGCAGUACAUGUUCGGGACGUGCAUGGUGACUGGCGAGGACGUUCUCCGCGAGGAAGGAUUCAGAGAGGAGAGCCAGUGGAGGAAUGUGGUGAUAAUGGUGUGCUACAUCUUGGUCUACAGAUUCAUCUCCUAUGUCAUUCUUAGGAUCAGAUGCUCACAGAGAGGUUUCAGAGGUGCCACUGCUUGAAAGUAGACAUAAACCAGUGAUACCUCUCGCUUUUUUUUUGUUUUUUCUCCCCGAAUUUCCGGUUUUUCUUUUUGAAUUUUGCCACUCUACAGACAGAAGGUAAGAAUAAGAAGUUCCAUCAAGCAGAUUCAAUGAGUUGAUCAGCUUCAAAAGUUGAGACGAUCACAAUGUAAAUUUUUGCUGGGAUUCCAUUCCAUGGUUCUAUUCCGUGGAAUGGUAGUUUUAUAAUUACGUGAAAGCAUCAGCAUCAGGAACAGAUAGUUUCUGGGUAGACAUGUCUCAAUUUCUACUACAUAUGAAGAGCUCAGAUUCGACUAAUCAAAUUGAUUGCUGUAUUAA